AUGCAAUCGAAUAAUAAAGAAGCUCAAAUACUCUUAGCUAUCGAAGCUAUUCGAAAAGAUAAAAAAUUAAGCAUUCGGAAGGCUGCAAAGCUAUAUAAUAUAUCGCAUACAACACUUAUCCGCAGAAUGAAUGGUUUAACCCCUCGUACGGAAUUUCGACCAAAAAGCCAUAAUUUGACUGAUUUGGAAGAGGAAGUACUUAUUCAAUAUAUACUCGACAUGGACGAGAGAGGAUUUAGUCCUCGAAUAAGUGAUGUGGAAGAUAUGGCGAAUUAUAUACUCGAAACGCGGGGUGUGAAGAAGGUUGGAAAGCUCUGGGCUCAUCGCUUUGUGAAACGACAUACAGAAUUAAAGACGCGUUUUAAUCGCGUUUAUGAUUUUCAAAGAGCUCUCUGCGAAGAUUCAGAGCUUAUUGAAAGAUGGUUUCGAUUGGUAUCGAAUAUGCGGGCCAAAUAUGGUAUUCUGGACUGCGAUUUCUACAACUUCGAUGAGACAGGUUUUAUGAUGGGACAAAUAUCAUCACAUAUAGUAGUUACUAAAGCUGAUCGAUAUGGAAGAAGCAAAGCUAUACAACCAGGCAAUCGGGAAUGGGCUACAGCGAUUAUUUGUGUUGAUGGAGAAGGUCACAAUAUACCUCCGUUUUUGAUAGUAAAAGGCGAAUACCACCUCUCAAAUUGGUAUAUCGAAGGCGAUUUACCAUACGAUUGGCUUAUUAAACCUACUACCAAUGGAUGGACAGAUAAUGAGACAGGUCUUGAAUGGAUUAAGCACUUCAACAAACAUACUGAAAGUAGGAAAGUGGGUAGAUAUCGAAUGCUAGUGCUUGAUGGGCAUGAAAGUCAUAAAUCACCAGCAUUUCAGAAAUACUGCAAGGAACACAAUAUUAUAUUACUUAGUUUACCACCUCACUCUUCGCAUUUAACUCAACCACUUGAUAUCAGUUGUUUUGGUCCUUUAAAGCGUUCAUAUAGUCGACAAAUCGAGAACUUUAUCAAGGCGCAUAUCACUCAUAUUACCAAAACCGAGUUCUUUCAAGCCUUCAAAGCUGCAUAUAUCGAAGCAAUAUCUAUAUCGAAUGGUAAAGCUGGGUUCCGCGGAGCUGGGCUAAUCCCAUUUAAUCCGGAAAUUGUACUUUCAAAGCUAGAUAUUCGAAUAAGAACUCCAUCAAAUAGAUCAAUAUCAGCCGAUCCUGAUAUAUGGCAAUCUCAAACACCUCACAAUCCAACUGAAGCUCUCUCUCAAUCUACUUUAGUGAAAAGUCGUAUUGCUCGGCAUCAAGGGAGCUCACCUACUCCAAUAUUUGAAACAGUUGCAGCUUUAGCUAAGGGUACAGAGCUCCUAGCUUAUACAAAUACGCUUUUAACUGCUGAGAUUCAUAAUCUCCGUAAAGCAAAUGAAGCACUUAGUAAAUGUCGAAGAGUUAAGAAAGCUUUAAUACGAAAAGGAGGAGCACUUUCAGUAGGGAAUGGGCAUGAUAUAUUAGAGCAAGAGAAUGUAGAUGAUCAGAUACGACGCGACGAAUAUACAAAUGAUGAUUCUUCAACAAGAAGGCAAGCUACUAUACGACGAUGUAGCAAAUGCGGUAGUACUUCACAUAAUGCACGAACUUGUCAAUUAGAUCCAGCAUUAACUGAUCCUUAG